CAGAAGGUUGUUCGCGGCUUUAUAAUUUACUAUAAUCUACUUUUUAUUUCCUCGUUAGUAGGGUAAUUGCGCUUGCAAGAGCACUUGAGCGCUUGAGCCUCUUUGCUAUCCGUGAGCUGUGUCAGAAACUAGGCUCAUCCUGAUAAACUCUGUGCUCUUCCUUCCUCCCAAAUUCUACAUCGCUCGUUCUUUGAAGUGUCGGACCAAACCGCAUUCACACCUUAUCAGACUGAAUCUUAAACGAGAUGUCCAAUAACACCCCCCCCCCUUCUCUUCAAUAUUUCAGUGGCAAUGUCAAUAGCGGCAAUAUCAAUAUCGGAGGGGAUGUGCCUAGUGAUGCGUGGGCUCGUAUGAUGGGUAGCUUACCUACUAGUAUGAUGAAUGACCGUGCCAACAAUGGAGGGCCACCUAGAGCCUCGCAGAGUCAACAGACCGGACUGCAUGUCCAAACUCCACCCGAGGUUCCGAACCCCACCCAGAGCAGUGGGUUCCAGCAGAGCGGUGGGUUCCAGCAGAGCGGUGGGUUCCAGAGCGGUGGGUUGGGUGCCAACAACGUUGCUCCCGGGAAUCCCCCCAUCCUUUCCGGGGGGAUUAUAUAUGGAGAGCCUAGGGGUAAAACCCCAGAGCCCGCGCCUGGGGAAAAGGAAGCCUAUGGCGCUCCUGUUCGGGAACCACCGGCUUGGAAGUUGAAGUACAAAAUCGGUAGCGGUGCCUUCGGAACUGUAUUCUUGGAGAAGGUCAAGAUGCGCGAAAUGGAGUCCCCUGAGUUAUGGGCCGUGAAGAGGAUACCAAAAACCCUGCCAAACUUCCCUGCCAAGCAGUAUCAAGCUGAGGUCAGGAAUUUACAGACAUUAUCAAAAUCUAAUCAUGAGUGGUUCGUGAAAUUUAUCAACUCGUAUGAGGACGGUCACCACGUGUACAUCGCUAUGGAGUAUUUUCCUCUAGGGGAUAUGACGAAGACUUUUGCGAGAGGUUAUCGGUGGAAUGAAUCUGAUACUAAGGUGGUGAUGGAGCAGCUUCUCCACGGAUUGGUAGCAAUGCAUAAUGAUGGGAUCACUCAUCGUGACCUGAAGCCAGAGAAUAUAUUCCUCUGCCUCCGGGACCACCGCGUCCUCCGUGUAAAAAUCGGUGACUUUGGCACAUCAAAGCGCAUCCUAUCCACCACCACCACCACCACGUACAUGAAGACUACUGCUGGCACAGAAGCCUACAUGGCGCCCGAAGUGGACGACACGUCGAAAACCAAGACCAACCGUGUAGACAUCUGGUCCCUUGGGUGUAUCUUGUACCGGAUGGUCGCUGGCAACCCCCUAUUCAGAAGCCGCAUGGAAGUAUUUCGGUACUCCUUGAGUGCAUGCUCCCCUCCCGCCGUAGUCGGAGACGUGGGCCUCGGCGUCCUAUGCGUAGACUUCCUCCAUGACGUCCUGCAACCGAGUCAUGAGGAUCGACCGAGCGCCGAGGCCUGUCUGAGGAUGCCUUGGUUCACGAGCAAAGCUUCUGGAUCGGGAUACGCUAUUGGAAGGGACCUCUACGCCAGGUUGUCUAGAAUUCAGGUUGAGAACCCCGAUAUAGAUUCAUUCUCGGACGUGACUGCCAAUUGGUCGUCGGGGGAUACCCCCAGGAGGAGUUUUUCGGCUGUGGCGACGCCGGUGACGGGUUCUACAGGGAACACGUUAAGGAGCCCGAGGACUUUUGGCACUACGGGAACUAUCGAGGGAUAGGCUAUUGAGAUGGGGGGCGGGUGCAAUGAGUUGAUUUCCCUUUUUUAUUUUGCAUUUUCGGUUUCUUUUUCUUUUUCUCUUUCUAUUUUAUUUCUGUCGGCAGUUUAUCAUGAACGAGCAAUUUGAUACCAACGUUCCCUCUGCACUGGAGGUGGCGAGUUUUUCUGGG